GUGGCGGCGGUUUGUUGUUGAGGUUAGUAAAUUUAAAGAAAUAAUGUUAUCUUUUAACAAUAACAACAAAUAGUCACUUCAAAAAUAUUCCAUAAAUAUCAGGUUACGCCAGUAAACAUCUGUAUAUGAUUUAAAUUGUAUCUUUAAUUUAUUUCUACCGUUUUUAGAAGGGACGCGUUAGUUGACACUAUGCAGUUUUGUUUCGCAUCAGAAAUUCUUCGGCUUCGAACUACGUAAUUGAAAUCCAAGCUUUUAGUUUUUCUUAAAUUAUUUUUUAUAGUAGAUUUUUUUUAUAAUUUGCAGCAAAUUAAGAGCACCAUAUGAUUUUCUAUUUAUAGCCAUAUUCACAUAAUUAUAACCUCUCUUAUUUAGGCGGGAGAAUGGCAUUGGCAAAGGGCCUGGGCCCACUACAAGUGUUGGUAGCGAUACUCGUGGUGAGGCUAGCAUCAGUAUUCUUGGUGCAAACCUGGUUUGUGCCAGAUGAGUACUGGCAGACUCUGGAAGUGGCCCACAAGCAAGUCUUUGGCUAUGGCUCCCUUACCUGGGAGUGGGAGAAAGGAAUCAGAAGUUACCUGUACCCUGCGUUGGUUUCUGUUCUGUACUCUGUGUUGAAAUUUACUGGACUUGAUUACCCUGAAGCCUUGGUGAUUCUGCCUCGUAUAUUUCAAGCACUCUUCAGUGGUUAUGCAGACUACUGCUUUUAUCAAUGGACUGGGCGCCGCAAGUGGGCUCUAUACCUGGUGCUUACCGCUUGGUUCUGGUUCUAUACAUGCAGUAGGACAUUGCUGCAAACAGUUGAAACAGCAUUACUUAUAAUAGCGCUGUCAAAGUUCCCAUUUAAAGAUGGAAAACUAAGCUAUUAUGAAAAAGAAAGUACUCUAUGGCUAUGGAUUGCUGUGUUGUCUGUGUUCAUAAGACCCACCUCUGCGCCGAUGUGGAUUGUUUUUGGAUUAUACAAUCUUUUCACUACUAAAGAAGGAAGACUGAGACUGGUUGUCAGAACCUAUGUGCCUAUAGUAUUAAUUGCUGGAGGAGCUUUGGUUGCUUUGGAUUCAUAUUUCCAUGGUGUUUGGAUUGUGACCCCAUGGGAGUUUUUCAAGUUUAAUGUAAUUAAUGACAUUGGUUCAUUCUAUGGCGAGCAACCUUGGUAUUGGUAUGUGACACAUGGAUUGGUAUCAGUGAUAAGUGUGAACGUACUGCCUUUGUUGCUGGCUCUUUUGGCUGUUCUCCAACGACCCAGAGAACAUAGAGUGAGUCUAGUGCUGUUGGCCGCCGUUGCUGUUCAUAUUGCCGUCCAUAGUUACAUUUCACACAAAGAACUAAGGUUUUUGCUGCCUGUGGUGCCAUUACUUUUAUAUGUGCAGCAAGAAUUCGUAGUGCGUUGGAGCAGAAAAGCACCCAAAUGGCAACUCAACAUAUUCGCCGGAUUAAUACUAUUGGGCAACGUAUCGUUGUCCGGAUACUUUGGUGUGAUGCAUCAAGCAGGCACUCUGAAAGUUAUGCCGAUGUUGAGAGAUGCUGCCUCGGAACGAAACGAUACCACACUACUGUUCCUCAUGCCUUGUCACUCUACACCUUUGUAUAGCCAUCUUCACAUGAACAUCACCACAAAGUAUCUCUCCUGCGCGCCCCCUCUAGAAUCCAUUGGUCAAUCGACAGAAGCGGAGACUUUCUUCAACAACCCGCUACGGUGGUGGAGGAACGAAUACUUGAACAGAGCGACUCCCCAUCUAUUGGUUAUGUUUGACAAACUCAAAGGAAGAGUGGAGAGUGUAUUGCAGGGAUAUCGGUUGUUACACGACGUUUAUCAUACGCAGUAUCCCGAAGGAGAAGUGGGUGAGAGAGUGCUUGUGUUCCAGAAGAUAUUGAGCCGUCCGAAGACCAAUGACGACGUGGUUUAAAAUUUCACAAGCCAAUAUGAACUUU